AUGUCUGAAUCUUUCUUCUGCCUCGACUGCACCCGUUCAGUCACCUUUCUGAAGAUAGGCAGUAAGAAGCAUAUGGCAAUCUUGAUGGAGAAGGCCCCGAUCACGGCGCUUUUCGACUCCUCGUUGACAUACGUAAGGUGUGCCGUCUGCAUCGCCUCGAAAGGGAGGCUAUCUAGUGGCAAAAAUCCCACCGAGUCUGCUUUCAAGGUUCCUUAUGAAACUCAGCAGAUACUCGUAAAGAAUAUCGCCACAUUUUUGAAGAAACCUGAAUGCGAGAUCGCGGUAGUCACGAGUGGGCCUUGCGACAUGUCCAAAAAGCCGGCCUACAUGAACAUUGACGAAGCCCUGGAAACUGACCUGUACGGUUUGGCAUGUUUAAGCCUUGACUACGGAGAGCCUACGAGCCCCUACACGGACUUCUACAGCAUAGUUGAGUGUGAUAGUCGACAAAUACCUGAUACAGAAGUGAACAGCCAGAUAUCCAGCAACUCAGAAGAAAAGAUUGUGAGUCGGGACGGGGAGGUGGCUCACGUUACCGACGUUGAACAGCCUUCCGGUCUAGAGCCGGGGAAGAACAACUGGUUAUCCAGCUACUCAAAGCGGAUUGUCACUCAGAUCACGAAAGUCUCGAACGCUAUUGAAGGACCUUUAGACUUGUUCUGCCUCUAUUGCAAACCCAACGAGGUAGACGCAUGCUACGGGAAUAGCUUUAUGGCUUACAUGGAAAAAACGAAAGUCAAAAUGUACCCUCACUUCCUUACUGGUGCUGAUACUCUCGUGACCUUUACCUGUGAUACCCACCUUUCCACUCGCCCUGAGGACAUAACCGCUGGAACGGAGCCGCCCGUCCCGCAGGUCCGCAUGACCGCGUUAGAGAAACUUCGGGAGUUCUGGGGACACACUUAUCCCGUGACAGGCUUGGCCAAUGGUUGCACCCACACGACUAUCCUGAAUAUCAAUUCCUCCGAGCCACAUCUGAUCACACAGCUGGACCUUGAGUUAAGAAUGUGGAUCUUAUGGUCUGGGUAUUAUGAUUAUUAUCCUCUCGAAUUCGACACAUUCGAGUCAUAUAUUUAG